CCGGGGUCGGGUCUUGGUGAAUAUAGUGAGCCAUUCAAAUUCCCUGCCCGGUGGAAGAGAAGGCGACGUGUGCCCAGUGGGAAAAGCGGCUUCUAGGGUUUCGGUGAGCGGUAAAUCAACCGCCCGAUCGUUAUCAUCGGAACCGAUCUCUCCUUGAGGUCUUCGAUCUCGAUCCGGAUCUCGCCAGUUGAUCAUGGGGAGGGGCAGGUUCAAGGCCAAGCCCACCGGCCGUAGAAACUUUUCCACGCCUGAAGAGAUGGCUGCUGGCUCCUCUGCUCGUCCUCGCACCUUCAGACAGGUUCAAGAGGAAGUUGAAGAUAAUGAAGAUGAGGAAUCUGAGGAGGAAAAUGAGGACUCUGAAGAUGGGACUGAGAAAAAGAAGGGCAUUCUUGACAUUAGUGAGAUUCAAAAUCCAAACCUGGUAAAGCCUAAGAAUUUGAAAGCUAGAGCAGCUGAUGUGGAGAGCACCCCUGAACUCUCUCGACGUGAAAGGGAAGAGAUAGAGAAACAAAAAGCUCAUGAGCGAUACAUGAGGUUGCAAGAACAAGGGAAAACUGAACAAGCUCGGAAAGAUUUGGAACGUCUUGCAUUAAUACGACAACAAAGAGCUGAAGCUUCAAAGAAAAGAGAGGAGGAAAAAGCUGCUAAAGAACAGAAGAAGGCCGAAGCACGCAAGUGAUAAUAAUGGACUAGUGUGGUUUCCAUCUGUUUGUAUUUGCUAGUAAAAAUUAUGAUCUCAAAUCGUACUUUGCUGCAUUAACAUUCAUUAGAUAUGCUCUUUAAACAGAUUGAAAUUUCAACUAAGUAAUUUCCAUAAUUUGGUUUUGUAAACAAAGAAUACUAGACAUUAUACUAAAAUAUCUGCUUCAGUUAGUUUCUUUUGCCAAGAUUGUUGGCCUGUCUUUCCAAA